AUGGCCUAUCUCAAAUCAUGGUUUCCGAUCCCCAAGUCCAGCCAUUUCUCCUUGGCCAAUUUACCCUUCGGCAUCAUCUCCACGGCAUCCAAACCAAGUCCUCGACCUGCCGUGGCGAUUGGUGACCAUUGUCUGGAUCUGGAGGCAUUUGCAGCGUCUGGAGCAUUCUCACCUCUGGAAAUCGAUGUUUCAUGUUUCUCUAAACCGACGCUCAACGACUUCGCAGCCCUAGGAAAACCCGUCCAUCGCUCAGUUAGGACAUUCCUUCAAGAUGUCUUCGCCGAGAAUCCAUCCAAUGCAAAGGCUCUACAGAGCAAUCAGAGCCUUCAGGAGAAAUGCUUGAUUCCACGUGAUCAAGUGUCCAUGCACAUGCCCAUGCAGAUUGGAGAUUAUACCGAUUUCUACGCCGGCAAGAAUCACGCAUUCAAUGUUGGGUCUCUCUUUAGGGGACCAGAGAAUGCUCUUCAGCCCAAUUAUACUCAUUUACCGGUGGGAUACCACGGUCGAGCAUCAUCAGUGGUCAUCUCCGGUACUCCCAUCACUAGGCCUAAUGGCCAGAUUCUCGAGAAUCCUGCAGCUACACCAAAAGUGCCAAUCUUCAGCCCGUGCAGACGACUCGACAUUGAAUUAGAACUCGGUGCAUUUUUAUGCAAGGGCAGUCCGAUGGGCAAAAACAUCCCCAUAUCUGAGGCGGCAGACCAUAUCUUUGGCUUCGUCAUGCUCAACGACUGGUCAGCUCGGGAUAUUCAAGCGUGGGAGUAUGUCCCCUUGGGACCGUUCCUGGCGAAGAAUUUCGGAUCCACCAUCAGCCCAUGGGUGGUUCUCACCGAUGCAUUGGAACCUUUCAGAUGUAAGGGGAUCCCGAAUGAUACUCCUUUGUUGCCCUAUCUGCAGGAGAAGGAGGAGAAGAACGUGUAUGAUAUUCGAUUACAGGUGGAUAUCACUCCCGAGGGCAAACCAUCCACGACAAUUCUCAACUCCAAUGGACGACAUCUCCUUUUCUCAUUCCCCCAGAUGCUCGCCCACCAUUCAAUCGGAGGAUGCCCGAUGGCAGUGGGAGAUUUCCUGGGUUCCGGCACAAUCAGCGGCAUCGAGCCGGGUACGCAAGGAAGCAUGCUUGAGAUCACCAAGGGCGGGAAGCAAAGUAUUCAAUUGAAUGGUGGAGUCGAGCGGAAAUUUCUCGAGGAUGGCGAUACCAUUACGUUCUACGGAGUCUGUGGCACCGAGGAGACUGGAUUGGUCGGGUUCGGAGAGUGUUCGGGCAAGAUUCUGCCCGCCCCGAAGAUCUGA